UACAGUGUGGUUAGUAUAGGACUUAGGCUAGGUUCACAUAUGUGCAGGUGGUGCCGCUGCAGAUCCGCAUGAAAAUCCGUGCAGCCGCACCACCCACACAGAGGAAUGCGGACCUGCAGGCGGAUGCCAUUAGUUCUAAUGGCACGCCGCCCGCACUGGAAAAUGCAAUCGUACUGGGAACCGAGGUUCCUGCGCGGGCUGAGUUUUCAGAAGUGCAGGGACUUCUUCUCUGCGUGUCACGGGGCAUGGGAGUCCAUUCAAAUGAAAAACGCGGCCCGCACGGCCACAUAUAUGUG